GCGCGCUUCGAACCGGCUCAGUUGAUACACAAAACGCGAAGAGGGAUUGCAUUCGAAUUUCAGUAUUAUAGUUUCGAGAGUGUUGUGUCAGUGAAAUUAAACAUUCCAGUGUUUUAGAAUAUGGAAUCUCCUGUUAUUUUGGAUAAGCCACCCGAAAAUUAUGCUAAUGAGCGCGGUUUUCCCUUUGAUGAGGAAGAAGGUUCGGACGCGUGGAGCGAUCUGUUGGUACGUCACCCCGAACUAGCGACCAGGUUGAGGCCUUCCACUUGGGGCAGAAAACGUAGGCCGUCCAGCCAAGACGGAAUUGACGAUUCUGCCGACAACUUCAGAAACUUCGACAGAUUUCCCUUCAACAAUAUUCCUGCAGAGUUCAGGAAUCACUUCCCUGCGGAUUGGACUGAGUUCAGUCCUCGCGAGGAGCAGCGUCAGCAACCGCCAUCCCCGCAGCACCAGACCGCAGCCACACAGACCGAAGCGGAGGCGGGACCUUCUCAGGAUCACCUCCAGGCACACCUUCCACAGUACGGACUGAGAAAUACAGUCGAUCUGGGACAAAAGAGUGCGACCGAUCCUAGUAUAGUUGAGGGUGAAGAUAGAUCACAGAGAUCUGUUUCGGCGCCACCUGAUAAUCGUCAAGAGAAUCCGAAUUUCGGAAACAUGAGCGGUCAAGGCAACCCAGAACAACCCACACACCAACCUCACGAGCCCCACUCGAACGUGCGACACAUACCGAUAUUCGUCGAGGGUCGCGACGAACCAGUCAUAAAUAAAGAUGUGGAUCACGGAACACAUUUCGCUGAUCCGAAACCUGCGUACGUCCCCCCACCGCAACCGCACAUCGAAAGAGAACAGUAUUAUGCCGACGACGGACCGGCCGGAUUCCCCUUUUCCAAAGGCUUCGAUAGACCCUUCUUUAGACAGGGAGCGCAGCCGUUCACAAAGCAAAAGAUGUAUCCUCAAGCGGCAGCGUUCGCUAGGGGAGCGUCCCCGCAGAGAUCUCAGUCGCCGAAACCGUCCUUCCAGGAGCAGCAGCACGUUCCGAGAACAGAAGCUCCGACCAAACCCCAGCAGAGACAGGCCCCGCCGCCACAGCGACAGACUCCUCCGCAGCAGUUCAAGCAGGCUCCGCCUCAGAGACACGCCACGCCUCCUCCCCAGGCUCACCAGCCGAGCCCGCCCCCGCAGCCGGCACCGCAACCCCAGCAGCAGGCACCCUCGGCUAAUGAUCCCAUAUCCAGAAUUCUCAGUAUUCAAACGGACGUUUUAAAUCUAAUGACUGAAGUCGAAAACUUUACCGGCACGAAAAAAGACAAGCGGUACAUAUAUUUAGACGAAAUGUUAACUAGAAACCUUAUAAAAUUAGAUGAUAUAGAAACAGACGGUAAAGAGAAUAUUAGACAAGCCAGAAAGGAAGCAAUAAAGUGUAUUCAAAAGUGCAUAGCCGUUCUGGAGGCUAAGGCCGAGGGCGGUUCGACUGCGCAGCCGGCGCAGGACGUCGAAAUGCAGGCCACUGAAAACGACAAGUCCGCUGAAAAUCAGGAGGCAGUCCAAAACGGUGAUGUAGAAAUGAAGGAACCUACCAAAGAAGCGGUGGAAACGCAGGAGCCACCAAAAGAAUCCGAAAUUCCGCAACCUGAAGCUCCCGUGCAACAACCAGAGGCGACAGACGAAGUCAAGAAGGAAGGAGAAAACGUAGAAAUUAAAGUGGACAACACAGAAACUCCCGAGGCUGCCGUUGAUACUCGACCCGAGGAGACGGCUCAAGAGACCGACGUUGCGAUGAAGCCGGAGGAACAGGGGGCGGAAAAAAAGAGCCCAAAGAAGACAGUAAAGAAACGAGACAAGAGUAAGGAUAAGAAAAAGGCGACAAAAGAUAAGGACAGUAAAACUGAGGAGAGUGCAGAUAAGAAGGAAGAUGUAAAUAAUAAGGGCGAUGUGAAUGAGAAUACUGUAAAUAAUGCUGAUGUGAGUGUUAAUAAGGUGGAAGAGAUGCAAGUGGAUGCUAAGAGUGACAAAACGCAAUCGAUGGACGUUGAUGGUGGUGCUGCUAGUCAAUAAUUUAGUUUGCGUUAGUUAAUUUUUUGUAGAUACACGGUUAGACUCUAUCGCACGAGGCCUAAAUAUCUGCCUUUCUUCUUCAUGUUAAUAAUUUGUGCCUAUGUGCUAAUAACACUGAUGUUGCCACAUGUUUAUGUUUGUUUUUUAUUAUUGCAACAUUGCAUUGAGAUUGUUGUUUAGGAUUUAAUAUGGUCUCGUCUUUGUAAAUCCUAAUAUUUAAUUAAUUUAUUGUUUAUCAGUUAUUGAUAACGCAAUUUCUCAAUAAAUUAUGAACAGAAA